CCAAGUUGAGUGAAGACGCUUCUUUCGCUGAAGAGGACAAGAGUAGCCAGGGUGACUGACCAGAAUAGGUAGAAAGGGCCAGGAGAGGCAGGAAAAAGGGAAAUUGUACAUUGUCAGGGUAUAUAAGUACUGUCUCGUUCUGACUUGAAGGGGUCUGGCAAUGUCAAAAUACUGGUACACAUAACAGCAGAAACAGCAGAGUUCUAAUAAAGACUUUCAAGCAGCAAACUUUUUGGUCUGAGGAUAGAAGGAGAAAUAGAAGAGACAGAAAAGAGAGGGAUAGUGAAUAAUAAAGACAAAGGGAGGGGCGUUUUUGCAUUAGAAGGUGCCUGGUUUCCUUACAGUUGCAUUUGAAGGGUAGAGGAGGAAUCCAUCAUCUAAGAUCAUCUCAACGGGACCACGCAUCUCCAUCACUCUUUAUCGAUUUGGCAGUCCAUUGCAGGGAUAAAGGAGGACCCUGUUGCGAUGAAGAGACCUCACGAUUACAGUUCCCCAGACUCGGACACAGAUGAACUGAUCGAUGUCGGACAGGAGGACAGCUACUGCCCUGUAACUGGGUCCAUGUCUCCAGGCAGUACCUCACAGAUCCUGGCUCGCAAAAAGAGAAGAGGAAUAAUUGAGAAGAGACGCAGGGACAGAAUCAACCACAGUCUGUCAGAGCUGAGGAGACUUGUACCCAGUGCCUUUGAGAAACAGGGCUCAUCUAAACUGGAAAAGGCUGAGAUUCUUCAAAUGACAGUUGAUCAUCUGAAACUUUUGCAUGCCAUGGGUGGCAAAGGCUACUUUGAUGCUCGUGCUCUGGCGGUGGAUUACAGGACAUUGGGUUUUAGAGAAUGUGUGGGUGAGGUGGUGAGAUACCUCAGCUCUCUGGAGGGGGUUGAAUCCUCAGACCCCAUUAGCGUUCGCCUCGUGUCCCACCUCAGCCACUGCGCAAGUGAGUUGGACCCUCUUCUCCAGAGCCCCGCCGCUAUGUCUUUUCCUCCCUGGCCUUGGCCAUCUUUACCUCCAGCCUCCUCUGCCCCCUUUCACCCAACCUCUUGCCAGGAUCUGGCCCCCCAUACCACCACUGCCCUGGUGGGCUACCCUUCACCAGCCCUACGAGUGGGGUCUCUGAACACCCAGGGGGCAAUCUUGAGUCCAGGGCUGACCCCAGUGCGUCGAGUGCCACAUAUCCCCAGCCAUCCUCAUAGAUUUCAACAGCAUUCACCAGAUGGACCCACAAUCCCCUCACGUCUCCAUUCUGUUCCACCACCCUCAUCAUCUUCCUCUUCCUCCUCCUCUUCAGCUGCCCAUCCCCAGGUUUCCUUCAGACCCUUUGCCCCUCUGGGAUCUCCAGCCUCAGCUCGCAGGGGUUUGGGUACCUCCAGUAAGUCCGCACAGGCCUGGGGCACAGAAAUAGGGGCAUUCUGAUGUCUCUUAAUGGAACAGCUUGGAGUUUAUCACAGACCAUAAGGAAAAAUGCACCUCUUGAUAAAUUGGACCUACUUUUGACUAUUACAACCUCUGUUAAAAAUAAGACCUACUCAUGACUAUUAUCACACGUGUUUAAAAGAAACUACAAAGCAUUGGACAUUAGGAAACAAAGUGCUGUGCUGUAAACUUCAAAUUAAAUUGUUUAUUCAGUUCCAUCUACAAUUCUCCUGGAUGAGAUUAAAGCUGAAGUGUGUAAUUUCUGUGUCACUAGCAUCACUACAUAGAGCUGCAAAAAUAAUGAUUCCAAAAAGGUUUACCAAACUGUCAAACUGAUAGACUCACCACAACACUCACGCUUUUGGUUGAGCAAAUUGUCACGUUUCCACUAUCAGGCCAAAUGAGGGCAUGCUACAGGCCAGUUGCUUUCCCACUGUUACUUCAGGGGCUUUAUCGUGCCUUCAGGGUCUUUAUCGUGCCUCCUGGGGGCAACAGCCAAGAGACCUGGCCUGCCAAUUACCCUUGGGCCAAAGAAGGCCAACUGGGGAUUGAAGCGGUGUCAUUAUCAAAGGCAGAGUAUAGCUGAGCCAGGUCAGAGGUUUCGGCACAUACUCAUUUCCAAAUCUUCAAUAUCUAGUUACCAGCUUACCUCAAUAGAUCAAUGGAGAAUUGUCAGUACUGGUACAGAUUUGGAAAAAAAUAAAAAAUAUUGUGGUCACAGUAUAAAUCUGUGUUCAUUUCAAGGGCUUGCUAGUUUCCAGAGUCUGAUACCUCAGCUUGAGUUUCCUUCUUGUUUGUGAAAUGGGUUGGGUGUGUGUGAGGUUGACACCAGGGUGAAGUAUUGAGGGUGGGUUUUAUGGCAUUGCUGCAGGGCUAUUUGUGCGAUGGUAGGAAUUUAGAUUGAUUUUGGUCUCAUGGCUCGAGGUACGAUGCCAUUGGCCCUGGCACGAUAGCGGAAAAACGGCUAAUGUUGCAGUGUCUUGCUGGCCAGAUGCUCAAAUAAACAGAACAAUUUUGUUUAAAAGUACCACAGUGUUUUUACUUUUUGGGGAAAUCAGUCUUCGUAUUAAGCUGGGACAGGCAAAAGUAGUUCAUCAUUGAACAAAUUACACACUUUAGCUUUAAGGUACAUCUCAAAGCGAUUUCAAUGCUUUGACGUCCAAAUACUGGAACUUUCUAGAACUCUCAUCUUUUAUCUUAUGUUAGUUUAUUUGAUUACACAGUCCUUAUAUGUUAAAUUCACAUGGAUUGUGACAGACAUAAUAGAUCAUACAUUUCACAUGGGAAUUCUUGAGAAGAUUACAUAACGAGAAAUGUGCCUUAUCAAAACUGUUUUUCUCUUGUGCUAUAAUUAAAAGAGUUCACUAAUGUAUGCAAGUAUUUCAGGCUUCCAGUAGAUGGCACCAUCUAGAGAACAAUGUUUGUGUCAUACACAUUAUGUUGUGAGUAUCAUCUCUCUUUUCCUGGCUUGCAUAGUCAAUAGAAAAGGAAUUGCAAUGUAAAUUUUAUAUUAUAUAUAUAUAAAAAAAGAAAACAGAGAACUUCUUAACAAGUACACAAAUGGCUUCUUUUCUGAAAGACUCCACUGGGUGCCAUAAGAGCAAGGUGCCAUUUAGAAUGCGUUUUCUUUAGCUGUCUCUAGAGGGGGUGAUGGGAACACUGCGGUACAGUGGCCACUCAGUGAAAACAUGGUGGCUACUGGCCCUGUUCCUGCAACAGCAAGAGGAAACCAGAUGCACUGUGUGCCUUUUCGUUGCUUCUGCCAACCACUCUACAACUAAAAGCUGUAAUUAGAGUGAAACCUUACUAACCCUUGCUAUUCAAAACACACAGGAAAUAAACUGGAAACAUACGCACACAUAUCCUUACACUCAUACAUUACAGAAACAGAAAAUAAAGUGUAAGUACAGGUACAUCCAGGUACUGUACAACAACAAGAGAUACAAUUUUAGUUACACUCACCACAACAGAGGGCAUCCAUUAUGGGACAAUUUACACUUUGUCAUUUGUCUUGAUUGAUCAGAAAGCUCUACGAUUGGGCAUGCACAAUCCAUUUACACCUGGCCACAUAGAUGUGUCUCUCUAAAAUAUAAAUCUGAACUGUAUCCUGCACUACAUGCAAAUCUAACAGUUUACUUCCAUUAUGUUGCUAAUGUCAAGCAGCAAAAUCUUGCUGUACAUGAUGUGGUUCAUAAAAAUUAAAAACAGGAGGUGGCUAAAAUGGCUAAAGUUGCUUUGUUGAUGACUGUACAAAAGACAAUAUUUCCAAAACUUCAGUAUAUCCUCAGUUUGGGAGAAGUUAACAUUUGUGGCCAGAAAAACCAGAUGCAUUUACACUUGGUCUAAACACGUCUUGUAUGCAUCUCUA